GUGGGGAAUGAACGGAAGCCUCUUGAGGCAUACUUCAUUGGACGCGAAAGCUCCUGACGUGGUGAUAAUGUGAAUCACACAAAAAAGAGAGACAGACAGAGAAAGCCUGGGGGAGAAAGUGAACGCUACGUUGGCUCGGACGGAAACCCCAAUGGGCCAAAAAUGCGGAUAUCUGGAGAGUUCAGAUGCUCCGACCACUGAAAGCGAGGGCGGGCUUACGGCAGGAAGGAAGGUGUGGCGCGCGGGGCACUGUGGGACACUGUGAGCAACGUGGGGUGGGACGGAAGCGUCCGAGGGCCAAACCUCAGCGACGCGGGAAGUCCGGACGCUGUGCUACCCUGAAGAAGGAGGCCUGGGGCGAAGAAAGCUCGGGCCCUGGCGGUGGCAAUGGCAGAGAGGCCCGAGGACCUAAAUCUGCCCAACGCUGUCAUCACUAGAAUUAUCAAGGAGGCGCUCCCGGACGGAGUCAACAUCUCCAAGGAGGCCCGGAGCGCCAUCUCCCGCGCCGCCAGCGUCUUCGUGCUGUAUGCCACGUCCUGUGCCAACAACUUCGCAAUGAAAGGGAAGCGCAAGACACUCAAUGCUAGUGAUGUGCUCUCCGCCAUGGAAGAGAUGGAGUUCCAGCGAUUCAUUACCCCCUUAAAAGAAGCUCUAGAAGCAUAUAGGCGGGAGCAGAAAGGCAAGAAGGAAGCCUCAGAGCAAAAGAAGAAGGACAAAGACAAAAAAACAGAUUCAGAAGAGCCAGACAAGAGCAGGGAUGAGGACAAUGAUGAAGAUGAAGAAAGACUGGAAGAAGAUGAGCAAAAUGAAGAGGAGGAAGUAGACAACUGAAUAGGGUGGGCAGGAUGGCAUUGUAGAAGAUACCAUCUAGAAAUAUCCUGUGUUUAUAUGAAGCUUUUCCCUGCUGGGUAAGUGGUCUUAGGCACAAGUGCCUGAGAUCAAAAUAAAAACUGAAUAGAAUUAUCCAAACCAGCUCUCCCAGCCUCAGAACAUCUGAGUAGCAGAAUCCUGAUUUGCUUGAUUGGUCUGAAAGUUAUGACUUUUUAGUAAGGAGGCUUCUGAAAGCUGAUUAAAUUGGCCAGUUGAAAUCUUCUGUUUACUUAAGUGUAGGUUUAGGUAGUGUUUUGAUCCCUGUCUCCCUGUCCCUCCAUAAAAGUAAUAAUAAUUUCCAUGCUGCUGGCUGUGUUUCAGAUCACAGGGGCAGUGAAGGCUCAGGACGAAUUGGGGCUUUGAUCAUGGUCAGCCUACAUUUGAUUGUACAGUAUUUGGCAAUAGUAGCUUAUUAAGAAUGGGCAGGUGGCUGGGGAUAUAGUUGAGUAAUAGAGCACUUGCCUAGCAUGUGCCGCUAUGGAGGGCCCUAGGUUCCAUCCCUAGCACCAAAGAAUAGUAGUCUGAAUGUUUCAGCUUUAGGAAACUACUGGGACGCUGGGUGAAUAAUGAAAUCCAAUCUGCCAUCUCUUUAUUUGACACAAUAACAUUGUUUUGUUUUUCACUAUGCCCACUUUGCUGCAGUUCUUUAUUACCCGCCCAUUUAACUUGGUGGAGUAGCUGCACUCUGGGCACUUAUGGGCUUAAAGUAGCAGUGGAGAUUAAAGUUGGUCAUGCAAAGGUGCCACUGAGGUCUUACAAAACACAUGACUUAGUGCUGCAUGUACCUCACUGCCUACCACUGUAAAGCUUUGGGAUUAUCACCUCCUGGAAGGUGUAAAAUCCCAGGCUUUUUCGUUCCCAUUUCCCAGACUGGGUGUGGCUUUGCAUUCUCUUAAUUUGUGACAAGCUCUAGAAUUUAUUUCUCCUAAACACAACUUUCUCCCUCUAUGCUUCUCUUUGUUUCUUUUUACCUUUCUGCUUUCUAGUCCCACUUUCUUUUACUCACUUUGUUGGCCAGUCUGGGAACUUUGAAUACCUGCUUGUAUCCCAAGGUUCAGAUUCUUCUGGUUCCUUAGUGUCAUGUCUUAAAAAUGGUUUUAUAAAACUCCUCAACCUUAAAGGAAAUAUGAUGGUGCUCAGGAAUCACAUGCGUGCACACACACACACACACACACACACACAAAUCCUUCUCCUUUAACUGUCUCUAAAGUAUCCUCAUUGGCUUUUCUUAGUCUUCUGUUCCAUUCAGUACUCCAAGCACAUUCUUGUUUUACUUGAGCACUUGGGGUUGGCAGGUAGUGUAAUAUAGUUGGAUGCUUUUUGUUAAGUGAAUACAGUGAAAAGUUUGUUGAUAAGUGACUGAAGACUUGAGAAGAUUGUAAUGCUUUGUAUAAAUAAAGAACAUUCUUGUUUAAA